AUGGCACCCUCGAGAGCACCAAUAUCACAAGAAAGUAAUGUCACCGACGUAUACGCGCUCUCAUUACUUUCGGAGUACACUCACACUCUUGACUCCCUCCCACUCGACCUCUCUCGUAAUUUUGCGGACCUCCGUGAGCUCGACGCAGUUUUAUCGUCGUCUAUGACAUCCAUCACCGCAAAAAUACAAAAUCUGACAAAGAUGAUCGAAGAUGGCACGGUAGCAAAGCAGGACCGUCUUUUCCUGCUCACAGAUAUAGCAGAGGAAGCUGCGCGUUUGAAACUGGGCGGCGAAGACAAGAUUCGUGUAGCAUGUCAAGCCGCUGACAACCUCAAAAGCCAUACUUCACAUAUGAGGACGCUCCUCACUCUCUUGCCAUCAUUCGAUGUGUCCGCAUUGAACCGCAAGACAACUUAUCCCCAUGUCGCUGUUCGGUCAUACAUGCCCACCAUCGACAACUCGCGUCGUAGAAGAGGCAACUACGGAUCAAUCAUGAAUACCGCAAAUCAUGAAGCCAGCCCUUCCAAACGAAAACGAGCGACGAGAGAAGAUGAUGUGGAUGUCGGGGGCGGGAAGUCGCCUCGCAAGGAGAGGACUGGGGAUAGCACUGCGCAGCGAUCUCGAAAUGGUGCUCGUUCACGAAAACAGGAACGUGCUGCAUCUCCCACAGAAUCCGUUCUUUCUGUCAUCUCGCACACUGUAGCACCAGUGCCUCAAGCCUAUACAGGGACCUCAAGAGCUGGUGGUUCAUCGAGUCGCGUUACCAACCCCUCCAGUAGGCGUUCAAAGCCAAAUCCUAACACCUAUGAUGAGCCGCACGUCAAUGGAUCUGUCAAUGGCCGACGCGAUAUCUUCCCCGCACCACCUUCCGCAUCGGUCUCUCAUCCUUCUUUACCUAUACCUUACGGAUCAAAUGGUUUACAUUCUUAUGAUUUACCUGGUGCUCACACACUUGCCAAUGACUGGGGAGCCCCUCCUCUUGGGCAACUCGAAGGUCCAGGCAUGCCUGUCGCACGGAAUACACACACCGACACGGCCACCGAAGUUGGCGAAGGUGAUGGAGAAGGGGAUGACAGGACCUAUUGCUUCUGCGAGGGUAUAAGCUAUGGAGAAAUGAUCGCGUGUGACGACGUGAAUUGUGAAAGAGAAUGGUUCCAUCUUGCAUGUAUUGGCCUUACGGUACCCCCAGACGGAACGUGGUUCUGCGAUGCUUGCAGGCAGAAGAAGAAUGCAAAACGUGGGUCGAGAGCAAACAAAAAGCGUUCGGGCGGCGGCGGCACGCGGUCGGGCGGCAAAGCUGCUAACAACGGAUAG